GUACAUCUUCCGUCGCUGCGAUUUCUAUCACAUUUUAUCUAUGAGUUUCCUUCGUCGUCGUAUAUAUUUUUCGUCAACAAACGUAGGAGGCAAGCCAAAUAAAUCAAACCACAAAAAGUGUAACUGUCUCCCCUUCAUAUUUCGAAAGGUUUGCCAACGGCUCUGCGACGCUGUGGGGUUUGCAGGAAGCAACUGCACCUUUUAUGCCGAAACUUCAUCUGGUUUCACCAAUUAAUACAGUUACCUGUACACGUUGAAACUCAAAUAUUACAGUAGGUGGUUUUAAGUUAUCGCGAAUUAUUUAAAAGUGGGUUAACGGGAUUUUAAAAACGCCAAACACUGGAGGUGCAAUUACUUAACACUUGCAACAUGGCUGCUGCGGGAACGGCAGUGGGAAAAGUUUGACACUGACGUGGGAGAAGUUGUAUGCGAAUGGUAGUUGGUACAUGAGUUGUUGGCCAGACAUUAAAGUCGUCAGCGGUCUCCUCCAGCCUGCAGCGCUUUACUCGGACUGCAAACCAGCGGAUAAACCGUGCGGGAGCCUCCUCCUCCUCUGUAGCCACCGCCGACCGUCACUGCAGUGGACUUCAGUGGGGGAACCGCGGUGUCUUCCUCUCCAUCGUGAAGCUGUGGUGGUGGCGUUAAAGGACUUGUCGUCGGACACCGGGCUGUGCUUCGAGCUAAAAUGCAUUUCUCCAUACCCGAAACGGAGGUUCGUUCGGGGGAAAAUGGAUCAACCUAUGUGGCCUACAACAUCCACGUCAAUGGCGUGCUGCACUGUCGGGUACGCUACAGUCAACUCCUCGGCCUCCAUGAACAGAUAAAGAAAGAAUAUGGCAGCAAUGUGGUGCCUGCAUUCCCUCCAAAGAAGAUCUUCACUUUGACUCCCGCUGAGGUCGAACAGAGACGAGAACAGCUGGAGAAAUACAUGCAGGCUGUGCGUCAGGAUCCCUUGCUCGGAGCCAGUGAGAUGUUCAACAGCUUCUUAAGGAAAGCACAGCAGGAGACGCAGCAGAUUCCCACAGAAGAAGUCGCUCUCGACAUCUGCCUCUCCAACGGUCAGAAGGUCACAGUCAACAUUCUGACUUCAGAUCAGACGGAGGACGUCCUUGAUGCUGUUGCAACAAAGCUCGACCUUCCAGAUGACCUUGUGGGUUACUUUAGUCUCUUCCUUGUCCGUGAAGGUGUGGAUGGAGGCUUAACAUUUGUGCGGAAGCUGCAGGAGUUUGAGCUUCCUUAUGUAUCCAUUACCAGCUUGCGGAGCUCUGAAUUUCACAUACUCCUCCGGAAAAGCUACUGGGACAUAGCGUACGACGGUGAUGUCAUGGACAACCGAGUCAGCCUGAAUUUGCUAUACGCCCAGACAGUGUCUGACAUCGAGCGAGGCUGGAUACUCGUCAACAAAGACCAGCACAGGCAGCUCAAAUCCCUGCAGGAGAAAGGCUCCAAGAAAGAAUUCAUCCACCUGGGUCAGACUCUCAAAUAUUACGGCUAUAUCAAGUUUGACCCUUGCGUCACCGACUUCCCCGAGAAGGGCUGCCAAGUCAUCGUCAGCGCCGGCAACAACGAGCUCAACUUCCACGUCAAGCUGCCCAAUGAGCAGAUCAAGGAGGGAAGCUUCAAGGUCACGCGCAUGCGGUGUUGGCGAGUCACGUCGUCUCAAGUCCCCGUCGCCAACGGCACCACCAAUCCCUGCAGUGCGUCCAAAUGCGACGUCAAACUGGAGCUGGCCUUCGAGUAUCUGAUGAGCAAGGACCGCCUCCAGUGGGUCACCAUCACGAGUCAACAGGCCAUCAUGAUGAGUAUCUGCCUUCAGUCGAUGGUCGACGAAUUAAUGGUGAAGAAGUCAGGUGGCAGCAUCAAGAAGAUGCUGAGGAAACGACACAACGGCUCCAUCCACCGGUCAGACAGUCAGCAAGCUGUGAAGUCUCCCCCUCUACUGGACUCCCCUGACCCCAGCCGUGAACAAAUUGUCAAACUCUCAACCAAGCUGAGCUCGGUGUCCCUUCGAGGGAUCAGCGCCUCCAACUCGGCAAAUGAUAUCAGCGGCAAUGAUUUCCAUGGCAACUACGCUUUCGAGGGAAUCGGGGACGAUGACCUGUAGCCCCCGAUUCGCCCUCCUCCCCUCUCCAUUCCACUGUCAGCGACUGGGGCGACAAAGAUUACGAGCCGAGCCGAGCGGGCCACGCACCCCUCCGAUUCUGCCAGAUUGUAGCUUCUUCCUGGAGAAACCGCUGCCUUAUUAAGCUCUCAUUUAAUCUCUGACCGUGUCCGUGCUUUUAGACUCUAAAAACGACCCACCUUGAUUUGUAUUUUAGUUACAAUCAUCAUAUUCAAUGAAAAUGUUGUCCCUAUAUUAUUAAACUUGUGGCAGCAUACAGUAAAUAGCAUGUAAAGCUACAGGUACGCACAUAGGGAGGCUUUAUCGUUUGUUACUGACAAAUUCUGUUUCACUCACAAGGAUUAUUACGGUUUCAUCGGCGGUAUACGUGAGGUUCUAUAACUCAGUUCAAUACAAAGUAAAUUAAUAUAUUGUAAGCCACACGUUUAGUUCGACCUGGCACUAGUGAUAAUACAGCAGAACUGGACACGGCCCAGAGUCCAGCGAAUGUGUUGACGUUGAUCUCAAAACGGUAGAAUAUUCAGAGCUGCGGCGUACUUGUUUAUGGAUGCUCGAUGUUUGGCUUGGCUAUAAACCAAAAUGUCGUGUUUUUAUACCGUCAGUGAUCCUCAGUGUGUCGUGCUACUUGUGUGCCAAGUCGGUCAACGCCUCAGCGGGAUGCCAGAGGUGUUGUCGAGCGUACGUUCGAGCCACAGUCACUCGGACAGCCUUCAGAAAUAGUCUGACGCCUUAACUUUUACUUUUCUGCCUCGUCGUUUAACAAGAGUUUGGUGGAAGCUUCAAAUACACGGCGGCGCCGGCCGGUGUUUCCUAGAAUCUUGCAGAACUUGGUCCACGGGGGGGAUUUGGCCGAGCUGCUUGCACUUGCUGAACUCAUCACUUUUGCACAGUGUUACAGGUGGAGGUGAAUGCUUGAGCGGAAGCUCGAGCAUGACUUCAAACAUCGUGUGGAGAAUAUUGUUUUCCCCAGUGGUCUCUGUAAAUCCAUCAAUGAUUAUUAUUUCUCUUUUUAUUUUUAAACAAUUUUUAAAGGUUUCUCAUAAAUGCCAAAUUAUAGUUUACUAAAGCAUUUUGCACAGAAUAAACAUAACCAAAUUAUGACAGUCACUUUUCUAUAUUAUGUACAUGCAAUUAAGUAUUCUGAACAUCUACUAACCUCUUUUUAUCACCAAUAGCUUAUUGUAAUCAAAUAGAUCAAACGUAAUCUAAGCCGCAUAGGACAACAAGUGUAAAUGGACCAACGUAUCAUUGUUUACAUAAUGUUUAGGGGACUUUAUUAGUUUAAAUGUAAAGUGUUUACACAUUUAGCAUCUGAUUCUGUGUCUUGCUCCUUUAAAGGCGAGUCACGUGUUGGGGGCGUUCCUGAGCUUUGCUUCGUUGUUAUUGGUCCGUUCAUUGUGCCAAUCAUCUCAGAGGAGUCAGUUGAACCUGAUCACGUGACCUCCAUUAGCUGGAGUGAACAAAGUUCACGAGGAGGAACAAAAUGAAUAUAUCCCGCUGUUUUUAUAAGACACGUCGUUCCAGUUUUUUGUAUCUUCGGGGCGUCUCGGCUCGUUUGGAAGCCUUUAAAUGUAAAUGACAGCUUUACUCUCACUGGUAGCCAGGACUGUAGAAAGAAAUGUUCUCAAUAUAGACGUAAAUGUCUCGUUCCUCCGCUGCUGGGCUUCUUUACGCAUCGGCGGCGGCGGGACGCGGACAACUCAUUUUUAUGUUCGUUAUACCUGUUGCACGUACAUGGAAACUGCAAUGUGUCCCUGGUGUUAAUAACUAGGUGCCACAUUUAAAAGUGCAUUUAUCAUCAGCAUUAUUUUUAUAGAAAAUAUCCAACUUCACGAUGAUUGUAUCGCCUCGAUUCAUUCCACUUUUCAUUUUGAUUUUCGUUGUGAGGUCAGCGACAACUGUCAUGAUGCUGAAAUAAAUUUAAAUGUAGGUGA